AUGGCUGCCUUGGGCGGUAACAUGUCCCAGCCACUUGUAAUACCACCUCCGACACCAGAAGAAGAAGACCAAAUUAUUCUUGCUCGGAUCACCAUAGACGAGAGACCUUUGCGUCGCAUGGUUAAAAAGUUCCAUAACUAUACUUCUCUAUCGCAUACUCCCAUCGUUCCCGUCUACAGUCCUACACCGACGCCUUCAAACGCCGUCGAGGAUGCGAAAGAAGCUUUCUUGGUUGAAUUGGCGUCGUUCCAGCUGCUGAUGAAGAAAAGUGCUAUGAUUUGUGAAGCAGAGGCUCGUCAAGUUGAAGAGUACCACCGAGAACGCGAACGACUUGACAAUGAGCAUGAAACUCUGAAAACUCAAAUAGAAGAGUUGAAACUGGCUCUCGAGCAUGCACAAAUGCUGCGCAGAAGGAAGAUUGAAUACGAUGUCAUUGCUGAGAAGAUUAACACAUUGCCCAGUAGAGAAGAGCUGGAAGCAACUAUCAAAGCUUUGGAAAACGAUAUGGCAGCCAUCCGCUCAGAGCACGAUACUCAAGACCGCACGAUCCAGGGACACAAAACCGCAUUAGAUGGUAUUAUUGCCGAACUUGGGUCAUUACGUUUUAUGGGGAAAGAACUGGAUUCAGCAUCAGUAUCUCAAUCAGCUAGGGCGACGCCGGCUCUCGAAAUUGCAGACACACCGGCCGUCGAAAGUCGCGUGCAAUCAGUGACCGUGGACGAAAUGGACGAUGACAAGUUAGUCCUAGACACUGCAACGGAGAAUGCUCCUAGCGAAGGAGUAAUUGAAGAAGAGAAUGACAUUGAGAUGGGAGAAGUAGAAGAGGAUCCAAGGGAAAAGAAUAAAAAGAAAUCAAGAGAGGAACUGGAAGAAGGUGAAGCCACGGAUGCCAGCAGUGAACUCUCAGAACCUCCGGACGACUAA